AGAGAGAGAGAGAAAGAGAGAAAGAGAGAGAGCUGGGUUAGAAGACGGAGCGCGCGCCGGGGGUUUACACUCAGAGCUUCAGCGCGCACGGUCUCGGUCUCUCUCUCGGUGCUGCCCGUUUGCGCGCGCGGACUUUCGUUGGGACGCGCUCGCGCUUUUAAACCACUCUACUGUUUUUGUAAAUUGCAUUUCUAUUAUUAUUUUUUCUUCCUUUCUUAUUGGGGACCAUAAAAAAAAUCAGGAAUCAGCGCGAGCAAGAAACCAACCGGAACUUUCGAUCAACCAGCUACUAGAAAUAAACCAUCUAAUAAUAAAUUCUUGGGAGAAAUAAAGCUCUCACACCUUAACUUCUUUUUCCUGAUGUAAACGUUUUGCUGGACUGCACGGAGGAGCUCGAGGUUCUGGUGUUUUCUAUAAUUCAGGAUCCUUCCAAGAUCCUUUCCAGAUCUCAGGAGUGAAGCCUGGAGCGCGCGCUUGGCACGAUGGAUCCGACGCACGCGCUCACACACACACUCCUGCUGCUCGCGUGCUGCUGCUGCUGCUGCUUCACGGCGCGAGCGGAGGCAGAAGGUGAGAAGUGCGGUGGGCAAGUCGACGCCACCGAAGCAGGCUAUAUCACUUCGCCCGGGUACCCUUUGGAGUACCCGCCGCACCAGAACUGCGAGUGGGUGAUCACGGCCCCGGAGCCGAGCCAGCGCAUCUCACUUAACUUCAACCCCCAUUUUGAACUGGAGAGGCUCGACUGCAGGUAUGACUUCAUUGAGAUUCGCGAUGGGAACUCAGACUCUGCUGAACUCCUGGGGCGCCAUUGCAGCAACAUUGCCCCCUCAGCCAUCAUCUCCACUGGCCCCGUUGUACACAUCAAGUUUGUCUCGGAUUACGCUCACCAGGGUGCCGGGUUCUCACUGCGGUACGAGAUUCACAAGACUGGUUCAGAACACUGUUUCCGGAAUUUCACAGCCCCGACUGGAGUGAUCGAGUCGCCCGACUUCCCAGACAAGUACCCCCACAACCUGGAAUGCUCCUACAUCAUCAUCACCCCACCUCAGACAGAGGUUACCCUCACCUUCAAGACCUUCGACUUGGAGAAUGACCCCUUGCUGAUGACUGAGGCUGAGUGCAAAUAUGACUGGCUGGAAGUGUGGGAUGGGCUGCCCCAGGUUUCGCCGCUGAUUGGUCGAUAUUGUGGCAUGAAGAUCCCUCCGGAGAUUGUGUCCUCUACGGGGCUCCUGUCUCUAUCCUUUCACACCGACAUGGCAGUGGCCAAAGAUGGCUUCUCAGCACGCUACAACAUGACUCGCAAAGACGUCACGGAGAGCUUCCCCUGCAACUCUGCUUUUGGCAUGGAGUCAGGAAAGAUCUCAGAUGAGCAGCUUUCCGCUUCCUCCUCGUUUUACGACGGGCGCUGGCCUCCUCGCAUGGCCCGUCUCAACAACGAGGACAACGCAUGGACACCUGCAGAAGACAGCAACAAGGAGUACAUUCAGGUGGACCUGCACUUCCUGAAGGUUCUUACGGGGAUCGCGACGCAGGGGGCCAUCUCGAAGGAGACGCAGAAGUCGUACUACGUCACCACUUUCAAGCUGGAGCUCAGCACCAAUGGAGAAGACUGGAUGAUGUAUCGCCACGGCAAGAACCACAAGAUAUUCCACGCCAACACAGAUCCCUCAGAGGUGGUCCUGAAUCGCAUUCCUCAACCCACCCUGGCCCGCUUCAUCCGCAUCAGACCCCAGACAUGGAAGAACGGCAUCGCUUUGCGCUUCGAGCUCUAUGGCUGCCAGAUCACAGACGCCCCGUGCUCCGAGCUCCAGGGUCUGCUCUCCGGCCAGCUUCCCGACUCGCAGAUCACAGCGUCGUCGUUUCGAGAUCUGCACUGGGCCCCGAGCACCGCACGUCUGGUGGCCAGCAGGUCCGGCUGGUUCCCCGCCACGCAGCCGCUGGCAGGAGAGGAGUGGCUCCAAGUGGACCUGGGAACGGCCAAGAAAGUGAGGGGCAUCAUCACUCAGGGAGCGAGAGGCGGAGACGGAGGGACGAGCUCGGAAAACCGCGCCUUUGUUCGGAAGUACCGCCUGGCCCACAGAGUGAACGGCAGAGACUGGAACUUCGUGAUGGACAGCAAAACCAGCACGCCUAAGAUUUUCGAAGGCAACGUGCAUUUCGACAUGCCGGAGUUGCGGCGAUUUGAGGAGACCGUGGCUCGGUUUGUGAGGAUCUACCCCGAACGCUGGUCUCCCGGCGGCAUCGGGAUGAGAAUCGAGGUUCUGGGAUGCAGCCUUCCAGAAACGUCCACAGUUACCAUGCCAACGUCCACGGACACGCGUCCUUCCGCCGCAGAAAGUAGCACGGCUCAGAAACUCAGUUCACCAACCUCCAGCACAUCUCCCCCCUCUUCCGUGGUCCUGUGUGAUUUUGAGCAAGGUUUAUGCGGAUGGACUCAUGACCCCAACGCUGACAUCAUCUGGGCUUUGCACACCUCCAGCAGAAUCACCGCCCAAGGCCAAAGUCAGGAACUCUCUUUAAGCUCAAACAGUCUGGGAAACUACCUUUACAUCGAGGCAAGUCCCAAGACACAGGGAAAGAAAGCCAGGCUCUUCAGCCCAGAGGUAGGCCCUGAUACGGGGCCUCUGUGCCUAAAGUUCUCCUAUCAGCUGGAGGACGAGGGAACCCUGCGUGUCCUACUGCGUAACCCGCUCCGAGAGGAAACCCUGCUCUGGGCUCUCCAUGGCAGCCAGGGUUCCAUCUGGAAGGAGGGGCGAACCAUAGUACCUCGGUCCCCGAAGGAAUUCCAGGUGGUCAUUGAAGGCAUCUUUGAAAAGACCACGACGGGCCACAUCUGGAUCGAUAAUAUCCACAUGAGCUCCAGCACACCGCUGGAGGAAUGUACACAACCCUUCGCUGCUUUCCCUCCAGAUUUGACUGGGGGAGUCCUACCAGGCAGGAGUGAGCCAACAGUAGAUACCCUGUCAGUGCCUCCUAUUUCCCCCAACUGGUAUUACUUCAUGGCUGGCGGAGGCGCCAUCUUGUUCCUGGUCAUUGCCGUUAUCAUGGCCAUUGGCUGUCGCCGUCUGACAGCCAAGAGAAGCCGACCCACCAUGGCCUACUAUAGUCCCCACAGUCCUUACUACCCAAAUGGUGCAAUGCCCAGAGCAGGGGGAGGCUCUAAGUUGACUGUUUGGGUCGAGAAAGGGGAUGGAAACUCCUACUGGUGAGGGGAGUUGGCAUGAUAACGUUGACCUACACUGCUGACACGAGGUCAGAAAAAAAGAACUUGGAAAAGAGUGCUGAAAAUGUGGUCUAGUGUAAGGGAUGCCUCGAACAAGAAAUUUCUUUGGGGUACCACCUCACUGCCAACUGCUUGGAAACUGCGCAAUUGAAGAGGGGACAGGAACCAACAUCUGCUCUAGACCUGUUGGCUUUCUUUGUGUUUUUUUUUUUUUUUCCUCCAAGUCACCUUCACUUGCAGGAUGUGGUGAGACACUGUGAAUCUGUACACUGCAGAGUACCAGCCAGAGGUUUUCUGGAAGAGCGCCAUAUUGGAAAGCCUUCCAGUACAGGCUUAACUUUGCUGUGACCAGGAAUGCUCCUUGUGCCUGCGCCUGGUCGUGGCACCUGAACUACCAAUGAACAUGGUGUCCAAACCAAGGACCUUGAUCACAGAUCUCAGACAGGCAUAAUGCCUUACUAGAAUUUUACAUUGUGAUUGGUUCUAACUGGUCCCAAAUCAGGGCUAGAUGAUGGAAUGGAUUCGGAGAUCAAAACUGGAGGACAUUUUUUGCAGAUCUAGAUAAGAACAACAACAAUGUUCUAUAUCGAAAAAAUGUGGUGUCAACCCUGUGUAGUUUACAAAAUGAAAUGAAUUUUGGGUAAAUUAUCAGCUGUCAAAAUGUUUGCACUUUUAAUAAAGCCUAGUUAUUUUUGUGAGGCGAUCUGGGAAAACUCGUCGCAUGGCACUGGGGCAAAUCAAAAAGUAGUGGGGAAAAAAUUAAAAGAUUUUUGCCAAAACUUGCCGCAUUGAGGACACUUACCAUAACAUAUAUAUUGCACUGAAAUUACAAUUGUUUGCUUUAGAUUUUUUUUGUAAACCUUAUCUUGAGGUCUUCCUACAAAGAUCACACUGUGGUAAUAUUUCCACUAAGUAAUAUGGUUAGCUGCAUGCCAACUGUCCAAUGAUGCUCCUCUUCCCAUGAUGUUCCUUCUUUCCAUUGUUGGAAAAUGAUCUUUAACUUUUUAAUGCCUUUUUACUUUCUAAUGCUUGGACUCAAGAUGUUUCAUUUCAUUGUAGUUUUUAACUGCAUUAUGGAACAAAAACAAGUGGUUUCCCAGGCCGCCACACAAUUAACGAUUACACUGUUUACUAUUUAGA